UACAUACAUUUGUGUUAUUAUUACUAACUUUCUCUCUUCUUUCUUCUAUUCUUUCAUAUCCAAAAUCUCCAAUAUUCAUAAGCUCAAAGCUUAUUUAUUUCAAAUUUGAUAUCGAGUUAACAAAUGAGAACGUUGUGUCCCAAUUUGGAUAACGAAGAUGGUCUGGAAACGGUACUUGAAGUACCGAUUCCAGAAGAAAUGUUUGUUAAUUCAUCACAUAAGAAUCAUGUUAAGUCAUGGCAAAAUAUGAAAUCUUGGAUUAAAUCUCAUAGUGGUAAUCAUCAUCAUCAUCAUCAUGAUAAUUAUUAUUAUAAAUCAAGUGCUGUUUCAGUAAUUGGUGGAAGAAAUGCUGAGAUUCAACUAUUGCUUGGUGUUGUUGCUGCUCCAUUGAUUCCUCAUCCUAUUAAAUGCAACAAUCAUUCUCUUAAUAAGAAGAUUAAUGAUCAUCCUAUUGAGGCUUCGAUGGCAAAAUAUAUAGUACAACAAUAUAUAGCUGCCGCGGGAGGAGAACAUGCUUUGAAUUCAAUCAAUAGUAUGUACGCGAUGGGGAAGGUGAAGAUGAUGGCGUCUGAAUUUAUUGAAGGAGAUGGUCUAGGAUUGAACAAUGGCAAAGUAAUGAAGAUCAAAACUGCGAAAAAUGGGACAGGGGAAAUGGGAGGAUUUGUGUUGUGGCAAAAAAGACCUGAUCUUUGGAGCAUUGAGCUUGUAGUUUCAGGAUGUAAAAUCAGUGCUGGAAGUGAUGGUAAGGUGUCUUGGAGACAAACUCCAUGGCAUCAUUCUCACGCGUCUCGUGGCCCUGCUAGGCCUCUUCGUCGUUCCUUACAGGGUCUUGAUCCAAGGUCUACUGCUGAUAUGUUCUCCGAUUCGAUCUGCAUAGGCGAAAAGCCAGUGCAUGGUGAAGAUUGCUUUGUACUAAAAUUUGAAGCAGAUCCCUCAUCUCUAAAAGCAAGAAGUAGUAGCAAUGUUGAAAUUAUGAGACAUACUGUUUGGGGCUAUUUUAGCCAAAGAACAGGACUAUUAGUCCAACUUGAAGAUUCACAUCUUCUAAGACUAAAAUCUCCAAAAGAUGAUGUCUUUUGGGAAACAACAAUGGAGUCAUUAAUCCAAGAAUAUCGAACAAUCGAUGGUGUUAACAUAGCACAUGCUGGCAAGACAUGUGUUUCCUUAUUCAGAUUCGGCGAAAACUCAGAAGGACAUACAAGGACUAGGAUGGAAGAAGUUUGGACAAUUGAAGAAGUUGAUUUUAACAUAAAGGGACUAUCUUUGGAUUGUUUUUUACCACCUAGUGACUUGAAAAAAGAUGAUGAUCAAGAAAUUAUUAGUGAUGAUGAUGAUAUAAACAAGAAUUCAAGGCUUGAAUCCAAGAAUAUUAUUCAUCAUGUUAAUAAUCCUAGAUUUAUAACUGCUAUAAAAGGUGCAGCCAAAAUUGUUGCUAUUGAUCAAGAUUCAGAGGACUAGUAUUGAGGCAGGGGAAGACUUGUAAAUAUGUCUAUGUUGCUCUGACUCUUCAAAAAUGUUCGACGUGUCAUGUGUGCGUGUCUGAUCCUCUAAAAGUACAUUUUUGGAGAGUCUGAUUAACAUAUAAGUAGAUAAGUAUUAAUAUUCUGUGAUCAUUUUUGUACAUAGAGAAUCAUAGGAUAUGGUUUUUUUUUGUGUAAAGUGUUUUCAUAUAUACAUACACAUCUAAGUAACUUUGGUUUGAUAGUGAAUUUACUAGGGUUGUAUAAUUGUAUAAUAUACU